AUGAACGAGACACAAGCGAUUGAAGGAGAAGGGGCUUCUCAAGCUCUCACGCUUUACACUCACCCAAACACAGAAGCCUCAAUGAACGAGACACAAGUUAUCGAAGAUUCUCAAGCUCUCACGUUUUGCGCUAGCUGCUCAAAAAUCAAAGCUUCAAAAACCCAGGGUACGCAAACUAUAGAAGAAUCCCCUCAAGCCCUGAAGACCUAUGUGGAUCCAAACACAGAAGGCUCUAAGGCCACUGGUAUAAAUGAAGUUAUUCAGGUCCCUGCUACACCACCAACAUCCCUACCUCGUUGGCGAGCAGUCUGGAAAGUUCCAGACUCAGGCAAAGCAACAACCCCACCUCGACGCGAGAAUAUCGACCAACACCCCAAGAAAGCGCGAAAGGUCACUUUUUGCGACCUACCGCCCGAGAAGGCCUCCAGCUUAGGUGCACCAAAAGGGCCCCUACGCCGCAAGAAAAUUAAAACCCACCAGCAGACAAACGCAAACACACCAAAGAUGCCCGCCCACUAUCCUCGUGACACUACUGUGACUAGGGCAUGGGGAAAGCUUGUCGCGAUCACGAGUGGUUCUGAUGCGCCCUGUCACGCUUACAACACAAUGUACCUACUCGCAGCGUAUACCUCCAUAGGGCGGUCGCGAUCUUGCACAUAUAGAUUCAACUAUGUGACAGUCUCCAGGGUACAUGUUCGGAUAAUCUUGGCAGAACCGGAUGAUGCAUGGCCUCUCGAUAACAUGGACCCGAAGAAAUGGCGCGCACGGCCGUCCAUGCGGGCUUGGAUCAAUGUUGAAGCCUGCAAUGGCUGUUGGAUCAAUGGGGAGAGGAAGAUCAAGGGCUAUAUAGGCAGAAUUUACGAGGGAGAUAUUUUACAAUUUUUCCAGCCUGAGGGGAUCUUCAAUUACACGUGCGACUUCGAUAUCGGUGACCACGAAAGACCGCGGGCUUCGAUUGAUGAUUGCGCCAGGACAGUGGGAGGUGGUGGGACUGCGGAAGCUGGUGGAAAUAAUAUUAAUAUAGGCAUAUAG